UUUCUAUAAAAUGCAGCAAUAGCUCUAGACCAGCACUAAUAGACCAUGCACACACGCUCAUACUUUUUUUUGGUAAUUGCAGUUCUAGAUGGCAAAAUUGCGAUGGUAAUAAAUUCGGCAAUGAUGUAUACAAUAUUGAAUUUUUAUCCGAGGACAAAAUAAAACCGUCGCUCUUUGGCGCAAAGUACAAUUUUUAUUUGGAUGGUGUAGUCAACUGCCCAGAAUUCCUGGUUCAUCUACCCACUUUGUGCAAGUUGGCUCUGAAAUACGGCCUUGAAUUAGUAUCGUUUGAAAGAUUCGAAGAUUUCUACGAGCGUUUCAAAGGCGAGGGUAGAUCUCUUUUAGGAAAUAUGCAGGCACUAGAAACUUACCCGCCGUAUCACGAAUCACCUUUACUUGGCGAUCCCGAGCGGGACUAUCAUCAUGCUGUUGAAUAUAUGCAGAAUCUACCUGCGAAUCAUCGUAAGAUUGGCACUCUCUCGCAGUCGGAAUGGGAAGUUACUUCACUGUAUGCAGUAUUUUCAUUUCGAAAAAUGAAGACAAUUUGGAACAGCGAAGGAAAACCGGAGUACAUCAAGUUAUAAAGUUUCGUAAGAUAAAGAAAAAUAAGAAAACUGAAGCAAGGAACGAUUUUUUCUUGAUGAUUUUACAUUGUACAGACGAUUUUUUGUUACUGUAUCUAGCUUAUGACAGAAUGAUCCGUGUGAUACUAAUAGAGCCAUUGCUGCGUUUUAUAGAAAUUGACAAUCAUGUAAAAAUGUCAUCAAGAGCACUAAAAGUUUAAUUGUUGGAAAACAAUGUUUUUUCAUUUAUACUUGACUUUCGAUUUUUCCGAGUUGCAAGAAAUUUUUCGGUAUUACACGAAUGAUUUAGACCUUAGGAAAUACAAUAUCCUGUUGUAAUGUUAAUUUCCUAAGCGAGUGGUUUUUUAAUAAUUAGGCAAUAAGGAAAAUGUGUAUCAUAUUUCUAAUUAAGAGUUAUAUAAUUUUCAAUUAUAUAAUUCUUAGUUACAUAUAAAUGUGUGUAUAAUUAAAAA